ACCUGUGAUAAUUGCAGAUUUUAUAAUUGAAAUGUUAAAAACUUCAUGUUAAAAAUUCUAGUUACAAAUACAGCAACUUAGCAUAUAAAACUUUAAAAUAUAUUAUCCUCGUUGUGACCAGAGGGGGGAAAAGUUCCAGUAGCUUCAUUUCUCUUGAUUGUCCUGCUCAUAAACUCACCUGUGUUUUUGCUUUCUUUAAAAACUUACCCUGCUUUACAGGUGCAAUGUGUCACCAAUUAGUAAUGCCUUAAAUUUGAGAGCAGGAGAGAGGCUCUGGGCUCUGUUAACUGUGGGCUUUAUAGAUGGAGAUGCUCUUGAAAGAGCUUAGUUCAGCUUCCAAGCUCUUGACUGAUUUUAAGGAGAUGUAUGAGUAUGAGAACCGUUUAAAAACCUUCACAAAGUGGCCUUUCCAAGAGAACUGCAAGUGCACUCCGGAGAAUGUAAGUCUGAAAAAUGGUUAUUUUUCCUGUGCCUUAUUUUUUAUAUACUGUGCCUAAAUGUGGAGUCACUGUUAAGUAUGUUCAUGGUCAAGAAGAGUCCAUUAAACUUGAUGAAGAUGAAAAGUUAAAUACUCCAACUUUGCUCUGUUUGCUCCUCAGAAAUACUGUAGUAGGAUGACUGGCUUUUCUGUGUUCAGUCUACUAGUCUAGCUGCAGAACUUAAUAAAGUUACUUUUUUUUGUUCUUGUCACUGAAAAGUUGAUUUCUAGUAUUAUGUAGUCUUUCUGAUUGCAAACUUCUAUUCGUGGCGAAGCAGCCUACAUUAGACUGGAAAAGUACACAUCCAGCAGGAAGGAUGAGGUAGCAGAAUGAUGGCUACUUAAAAUUCAAAAAUGGAAAAUAUAUAAACUUUAGAAAACUUAAUGUUUCCGUCCUUGCAGGCUUUGACUUGAACAUUAAAAAAAUAAAUAAAUAAAAAUUAAAAAUAUCUACCUGACUUCUAAUUAGGCACACACAUGAAACCUUCAAGCUGGAUCUCAGAUGAGUCAUACUUCAGGAGUUGUCUGAGAAGGUUUCGAUAACUGAAAUAAACUUAAUUUUUAGUGUUCUGAUCAGACAUGAUUCUAAAGUGACAGGAAAACAUAGAAGUCCAAGAUGUAGCAUUUUACUCACAUAAUUUAUAUAUAAAGGUUCUCUAUGUCCAAGACAUUUUUUUCUCUGAAAAUAUUCUCUAAAGUCCUAACUAUGGCAGAUCUCAUGCACUGCUACAGAAAUACCUGUGUAUCAUGGCAUUUACUGGUUGUUAUCUGGUACAACAAAGCUAUUCCAGUUGCCUGCAGAUACCACAGCUAUGCAGAAAUCUUUUCACUACUUGUAGCCUAUUCCUUGUUCCUUUACUAAUUGCUUUUUUACCUGCUUGCAGUCCUCACACUUAAAAUUUCUUUUUCAGCCUGAUCUGUGCUGAUAGACAUUGUGAGGAAAGGUGUUGUUUGCAAGCUCUUCAGAAUUAAGUCUGCUCGUGUAAACACGAGCAAAUAAGUGGGAUAAGGCUGUAAACUUCUAAACUGUCCCUUGCAGAUGGCAAAGGCGGGAUUCAUCCACUGUCCAAAUGUAAAUGAACCAGAUGUGGCAAAGUGUUUCUUUUGCUUGUUAGAACUGGAAGGCUGGGAGCAAAAUGAUGAUCCAUGGGAGGAACACACCAAACGUCACACCUGUGACUUUUUAUCUCUCCCUAAGAACUUUGAAGACCUUACAAUGGAGGAGUACUACAUGCUGGAGAUGACACGGCUGAGAACAUUCAUUUGCAAAAUUGGCAGACGGAUAAUAAACUCUUUUGAAGAAGAAGUUGCCACAACUAGGAAGCAUCUUGUGGAUUACUUUGUCUCCAAGCAUCAGUACACACCACCACUGCCACUGCCUCUCAGUGAUGAUCCAUCCACUCAGCACUCAGAAGGCUCACACUGCCAGUCAAAAUAAGACCAGGAGAAGUGAAGUGUCAAGUCCAAUUCUAAAAGUUUCUCUUCUUUAUGUGGUACAGUCAUAUCUUUAUCUGAGUAUGAAUAUAAAGGAGGAAAUGUAUGUAGAGAAUUCCCUUCACAGGGUCUCUGGAACAGAGUUCAAAGCUGUUUAUACUAACUCCUGUCUUUCAUAAUAUGCUUUGUUGUUAUGCUUAAGUGUGGACUAAUAGUAGUCCCACUAACCUGUGAAUAUGUGAAAAAUGUCUAAGCAAAUACUUAUAUUAUUGUGGUUUUUAGCAGACUGAUUUUUUUUUUGGAAUAAAGAUUCAGAACUCUGA